AUGCGAAGAGUUUGUCGAGCUCUACAUACCUUAGCUCCUAGAUUCAUAAGGUGGCCUGAGGGACAACGAGCUCAAGAAGUGAUAGGAGAAUUUGAACGGGCUAGUGCUUUGCCUGGAGUUAUUGGUUCAAUAGAUGGGACUCACAUUGAAAUUAAUAAACCCAAAGAUGAUGAACAUAAUGCAUAUUGCAAUAGAAAGGGAUAUCCAUCAGUCCAAGUGCAAAACAUCUGUACUUACAAGCUAGUAUUCACUAGUGUAUAUGCUGGACAUGCUAGUUCAGUUCAUGAUGCCCGUGUAUUUAGCUUAUCAAGAUUACCUGAUUAUAUGGCAGACCCAGCACGAUACUUUCCAAAUGAUAGCCACCUUGUUGGUGACUCGGCUUAUCCAAUCCAUCCCUGUAUAAUGGUGCCAUAUAAGGACAAUGGUCACUUGACAUCACGACAGAAAAACUAUAAUUUUUGUCAUCUGCCAGAACAUCGAUUGAGAGAGCAUUUGGUUUGUGGAAAAAUCGCUGGAGGAGAAUUCUUGACAGACUUCCCAUGGUCACGAUGGAACAAAUACCUGAAUACCUAUUAG